AUGACCCCUCUUCGCCGCAGCUGCAGCAGAGCGUCCGGCGGCUUCCUCUCUGCCUCACUCCUGCGCAACCAGCAUCAACGACUGCCUCGAGCUCUUCCGUCCGCUCCAGUUUUGCAAUCACCAUCAACAUCUCUGUACCGGCAUUUCUCGAGUAGUAGUAGGAAGCUGAACUCUAGAGCCAUGGAUACCCAAACAAAGCACCAGUACCUGGCCGAUUCUCCGCCAACGAUCGUAAGACUCGAGAUACGGCCUCACUUUGAAGCUCUCAAGGAUGAGAAGCUCAAGAGAUACUCCCAUUUCAUCAGCAGGGCUGCUUUCCAGGGAACCCGAAUCACGCUCCGUCAGGUCUCUCCCGAGUCUGAACCGAUAUACGAUCUUAUAAUAUCUCUCUACAACUCCUGCAAGGGUGACUGGAAGGCUUUGGCCGCGAAGACAAACACAAGCCCUGAGAACCUGCAGUUCUUCCUCGAAUAUGCCGCGCAGUUCCUGGGGAACUGUGGAAACUACAAGGGAUUCGGCGACUCCAAGUUCAUCCCCAGAAUCCCAUCCGAUGCGUUUGAGGCUCUGGCUUCUGGCUCGCCGGAGACGAAGAAGCUGUUUGAGCUUGCAUGCAAGUCCGGAGGAGGGAUAUAUGAGACCGCUUCGUUAGAUCUGAUGCAUCUAGGAUACCCCGAGAAAGGCCAGAUGACGACGUAUUACCCCGAUUCUCCAACCAUUACCAAGGAAGAAAUCACUUUGAUUGGUGACUUCUUAGAGAAGAAGCAGCUCCUUCUGGAAAACACAAGGCUCAGAAAGACCAAGGAGGGUAAUUUUGAGUUGUUGAUUGCGUCGGCUGAGACAUCACCGGCCGGCAAGGACAGGGAUGUUGGAGACGUUGAUGGAUGGGAUCUUGAAGGCAAGCUUGCCGGCAAGAAGCUUACGCUUGUGUAUGGUGACUAUUCCGAGAUCAUGAAGAAGAUUGCAGAGAGCAUUAAGCAGGCCGGUGCGAACUCCGCAAACGAUAUACAGAAGAAGAUGCACGAAGAGUACUUCAAGUCGUUUACCACCGGGUCCAUAGAGGCUUACAAGGAGAGCCAGCGUUACUGGAUUCGGGACAUUGGCCCCAUGGUAGAGUCUGACAUUGGCUUUGUCGAGACCUACCGUGACCCUCAUGGCGUGCGAGGCGAGUGGGAAGGCUUUGCAGCAAUGGUCAACUUGGAACGCACCAAGGCGUUCAGUAAGCUGGUUGAGAACGCCGAGAAGAUGAUUCCCAAGCUGCCCUGGAGCAAGGAAUUCGAGAAGCAGACCUUUUUGAGUCCCGACUUUACCUCGCUCGAAGUGAUGAGCUUUGCAGGCAGCGGUAUUCCCGCUGGAAUCAACAUCCCCAACUACGACGACAUCCGCCAGAACUUGGGAUUCAAGAACGUGUCCCUGGGCAAUGUGCUGAGUGCUAAGGCACCCAAUGAGCCUGUCCCUUUUAUCCGUGAGCAGGACCUGAGCCUCUUCCGUGAGCACCGAGAUGCCGCGUUUGAAGUGCAGGUGGGAAUCCACGAACUUCUCGGCCAUGGUACGGGUAAGCUGCUGCAGGAGACCAGCCCCGGCAAAUACAACUUUGACGUCUCCAACCCACCCGUGAGCCCGAUCGACGGCAAGCCCAUUUCGACCUGGUAUAAACCCGGCCAAACCUGGAGCUCCGUCUUUGGAUCGAUUGCCUCUUCCUACGAGGAGUGCCGUGCCGAGUGUGUGGCCAUGGCUCUUGGCUGCGACUUUGGUAUCCUGCAGCUGUUCGGGUUUGGUGAUGGCAAGGAGGACAUCAACGGCGUGGCAGGCGACGUCCUGUACGCCAGCUACCUGCAGAUGGCACGCGCGGGAGUCGUUGCUCUCGAGUUCUGGGACCCAAGCAGCAAGAAAUGGGGCCAGGCACACAUGCAAGCGCGGUUCAGUAUCCUGCGCGUCUUCCUAGAGGCUGGCGACGACUUUGUGCGCCUGGUGCACACGGCGGACGACCUCUCUGACCUGGAAAUCCACCUUGACCGGUCGAAGAUCCUCAGCCACGGCCGGCCGGCUGUCGAGCGGUACCUCCAGAAGCUGCAUGUGUACAAGAGCACGGCGGACUUUGCGGCCGGCAAGGCGCUCUACGACGAGAGCACCCACGUCGACGAGUGGUGGGGGACCAAGGUGCGUCCGGUCGUGCUGCAGAAGAAGGUACCGCGCAAGGUCUUUGUGCAGGCCAACACCGUCCUGGAAGGCGACCGGGUGGUUCUGAAGGAGUAUGAGCCGACUCUCGAGGGCAUGAUCCAGAGCUACGCUGAGCGAGACGUAUAG